AUGAUCAAAACAUAUUUGUUGAUCAGAACAAUACGCAAAAUGUUGUUCCUUCUUCUCUCGCUCGCAAGCCUCUCUACAACCUUAUAUGGUGCCCCUUCGCUCCCAAACCUGAUCCCACGACCGACGUCUUUUCCUCAGGGCGUCAACAUAACAUGCCCCCCAACUCCCAAACCCAUGCCCAAAGUCGCAGCCUUGCCCUCGGUGAAGACAAUGCCCGACCCCUUCCUCUACCUUGAUAUGAAGACUAGGGUACAGAGCACUGAGGAAUGGAUACAGUGCCGACAACCCGAGAUCCUCAAGCUUCUUCAAGAGUACCAGUACGGCUACUAUCCCGAUAGAUUAGCCGAGACCGUUACAGCGUCACGAAGCGGUUCAAAAUUAGACAUCACAGUAGCCACAGGUGGGAAAUCAGCUGCGAUAACGGCAACAGUGAAGCUUCCCUCUGGAUCCGGGCCUUUUCCUGUUAUUAUUGCGAUUGGAGGGAUUGAUGAGAAUAUCUAUCUGAAAGCCGGCAUCGCGGUUGUGACAUUUGAUUACUCGAGAGUCGCAGCAGAUAGUAACAGCAAAACCGGGAGUUUUUGGAUGUUAUACAAUGGUAGAGAUAUUGGUGUUUUGACGGCGUGGGCUUGGGGUUUUCACCGCGUUCUUGAUGGAAUCGAGCUCAAGGUCCCGGAAAUUGAUGCGAAGCUCUCUGGGGUCACUGGUUGCUCUCGUUUGGGAAAAGCCGCAUUGGCAGCCGGUCUGUUCGACCAACGCAUCGCAGUGACCAUGCCGAUGUGUUCUGGUGUCCAAGGCGCCGGACCUUAUCGUUAUAGCCUCAGCGGACAAGGAGAGACUUUGGAGAACUCAAAAUCGGGAGCAGGCUGGUGGACCUCUUCCGGUAUCUCCCAAUUCGUUGGAAAAUCAUCGCAGCUACCCUAUGACGCCCACACUAUUGUUGCGGCCAUCGCCCACAGGGCAGUGAUACUCGAACAGGGUGCUUCGGAUCCUUUCACUGAUUCAAAGGGUACUGCUACUGUUACUUUCCCGUCUGCUAAAUUAGUAUACGGCUGGUUAGGGGUAGGGUCGCAGCUUGGUAUGGCUAUUCCCAAGGGUGGGCACUGUGAUAUGAAUGGUUACGCGGAUGUGUUACCGUUCGUGCAGAAGGUAUUGCAAGGCAAAGAGACCACACGCAAUUACGAUGAUCUAGGAAGUUGGAAGGCUAUGCCCGAAGCCUACCCUUGGGCUGGCCAGAUCCCAACUUAG